GAAUCUGGAAAUGAGUGCUCUGUUCGUUUUAGCAGUAUAUGUAAUUUAAGCUCUGGUCACGUAGCUAAGAUAUCCUUAAACCAUGAAGACUCAGCAAUACUAUCUACUCUGGUUUCUGGGUGGGGAGGUGAAAUGUGUUCCCCUUAAUUCUAUGGGAUCUGAGCCAGUUUAAGGACUGAUCUUUCUUGUUCCAUGAGGACGGUUUCCUUGUCCUGGAGCACUUCUUUAGCCCAGAGGAGUGUGACAGCAUGAGGAGCAGCAUCCAGAGGAUCCUAGAUGGGAUGGAGGUGCCACCACACUGCCGGACUGAGUUCUCCACCAAAGAAGAGGAGCAGCUCCAGGCACAGGGCAGCUCAGAUUAUUUCCUCACCAGUGGAGACAAGGUCAGGUUCUUUUUUGAGAAAGGUGUUCUGGAUGAAAAAGGCAACUUCCUAAUUGCAAAGGAAAAAUCUGUCAGUAAGAUUGGCCAUGCCUUGCACGCUCAUGAUCCCGUCUUUAAGCAGAUCACUCACUCCUCCAAGGUGCAGGAACUGGGGAGAAAACUAGGCCUUGAGAGACCAGUGGUUGUGCAGAGCAUGUACAUCUUCAAGCAACCCGGCAUCGGUGGGGAAGUGACACCACACCAGGAUGCCACGUUCCUGCACACGGAGCCCCUGGGAAAAGUCCUGGGCUUCUGGAUUGCACUGGAGGAUGCCACGCAGGAGAAUGGCUGCUUGUGGUUCAUUCCCGGCUCCCACACCAGUGGGAUUACCCGCAGAAUGGUGCGUGCAGCCCAAGGUGCCUCGACGUGUGUGGAAUUUGUAGGGUCAGAGCCAGCCUACGAUGACAGCAAGUUCAUACCUGUGCCCAUAAGUAAAGGUGGGCUCAUUGUCAUCCAUGGAGAAGUUGUCCAUAAGAGUGAAAUGAACAGCUCGGAGUUCUCUCGCCACGUGUACACCUUCCAUGUGAUGGAGGCCAAAGGCUGCAGCCAACUCCCGAACUGCCUUUUCCACCGCUCUACACUUGACAUUCACGAUUGGCUUCUGGAGUCAACUAGCUGGUCGGUGUUCCCGUGAUUGCUUGUCUGUGUUCUCUUUAAAUGCAGUUCACUAGAUCAAUGCUCAAGAUAUAAUUAUCCAUGUGAGCAAGCUCCCUUCAUGCAGCUGAAUCUGCCUGCCUUCUGUAGAAUCUUCUGCUGCAGGAUGAGCCCUGCUCUGAGGAUAGUAGCCCAAUCCUUUUCGUGAGGAAAUCUCUUCUGUCUCCAGAACAGGCCAUUAAGGAGUGUUCCACCUUGACCACGGCAAUGGUUGAGAAGUAUUUCUUGUUGUAGAGCUGUAGUAUUUUAAGUUGAGAGCUCAUUUAGUGCUUGGCUCUGUUAAUUGGCAGUGCAGGUGAAUGUGCUGUGUGAAGAUGGCUGACUUUUAGCCUUGGGUCUCUGUCCUAUUCUUUGAGUAGUAAUAAAGACAAUGCUACUGUGGGCAAAAUGAA